UGUGUUGACUUUGCAAAGUACUGCUGCAUCAUAUUUUGAUUUAUUUCUGUUUGUUCAACAAAACAACGAAGUUCUAUUGUUAAUUACACUAUUUUCGGCUGGCUGCUUAUUGACUUGGAUUAUUCAUCAAUUAGUUGUUAAAUUUAAAAGUUCUUUGUUAAAAUAAUACAGUUAGAAAAACAAAAUGCGUAAGCAUUUUAUUUUGAUAUGUGUGGCAUUCCUGACAAUAGGUCAGGUGAUUGCAAAUCUUGAUGCCGCACAUGACCUACUCUCGGAUGAGUUCAUAGAGAUUGUGCGUAGUAAAGCAAAAACAUGGACAGCUGGCAGAAAUUUUGCCAAGUCAGUGCCUAGGAGCCAUAUUCAUCGUUUAAUGGGUGUACAUCCCGAUGCUCAUAAGUUUGCUUUGCCCGAAAAACGUUUAGUACUGGGAGAUUAUGUGGGAUUAGCUGAUGGUGAUAUACCAGAUGAGUUCGAUGCCAGGAAUGCUUGGCCAAAUUGUCCCACUAUUAAGGAGAUUAGAGAUCAAGGAUCAUGUGGUUCCUGUUGGGCUUUUGGUGCUGUUGAAGCUAUGUCUGAUCGAGUUUGCAUACAUUCCAAUGCAUCGACACAUUUCCAUUUCUCUGCCGACGAUUUGGUCUCAUGUUGCCACACUUGUGGUUUCGGUUGUAAUGGUGGCUUCCCCGGUGCCGCCUGGGCCUACUGGACACGUAAAGGUAUUGUAAGUGGUGGUCCUUAUGGCAGCAAUCAAGGUUGUCGUCCCUAUGAAAUUUCUCCUUGUGAACAUCACGUGAAUGGCACUCGUCCACCCUGUGAUGGUGAACAUGGCAAGACACCACGUUGCCAACAUCAAUGUCAGAAAUCCUAUAACGUCGACUAUAGUAAAGAUAAACAUUUCGGCUCUAAAUCUUAUUCGGUUCGUCGCAAUGUUCGUGAUAUUCAAGAGGAAAUUAUGACCAAUGGUCCUGUCGAGGGAGCCUUUACUGUUUAUGAAGAUUUAAUUCUCUACAAGGAUGGCGUUUAUCAGCAUGUUCAUGGUCGGGAAUUGGGCGGCCAUGCUAUUCGAAUUUUAGGUUGGGGCGUGGAGAAUAAUACUCCCUACUGGUUGAUUGCCAAUUCCUGGAAUACCGAUUGGGGCAACAAUGGUUACUUUAAGAUUUUACGUGGUGAGGAUCAUUGCGGCAUUGAAAGUUCUAUUUCAGCUGGUUUACCUAAACUAUAAGUUUGGAAAAAAAAAUAAUUUUAAAACUUCUUGCAAUUAUAAAUUAAAACUUAAUAAAAUAAAGUCUAUAUAGUUAAAUAUA